UGUUUUUGGAAGGAGCAAUUCAGUAUCCGGGCUCGAUCGAGCUGAAGGAGGCAACCAAAACAUCGCAUCCAGGCCUCAGUCGGCGAUGCUCGCUCCAAAGCCGACAAUGACUUCAUGAGGGGAUUCGCCGAGUGCACGCGCAUGGAAGGAACAUGGCUGCGAUGAGGACUUUAACCGCGGCGGGUCUCGUCUUAGCCUUGUGCGCCCUCGGCCUGAUCGCGGUGGCCAUCGGCACCGACAACUGGUACGAGACGGACGCCAGGAGGCAUCGAGAGCGCUGCAAGAAUUACUCGAACAAGAGGACCGACCCGGGCUACAUCUACACCUCCAACAACAACCUCCCGCUGCGGACGCUGCGCAAGGGGAGCGCGGAGGCGGAGGCGAGCUGGCCGCCGAGGAUGGCGAGGCUGCGGGCUCGGCGGCACCUUGCGCCCGCAGCCUCCGCGAUGGAGUCGCUGUGCAAUCGCCAUUUCAACUCCACCGUCACCGGACUGUGGAGGAAGUGUCACCGGGUGGGAUUUGACUUGGAGACGGAGGAUUUAAUCUUUAAAGGAUUGGUUGCACGCUGCACGCCAAUAAAAUACUACUACUCCUCUUCGGCUUUGCCCAGAAAUGUGCCCAUCAACCUGACGAAGACGAUCAGGCAGGACGAGUGGCAUGCGCUACAUCUGCAGAGGAUGACGGUCAGUUUCAUCGGCAUGGCCAUAUCCAUCAUCUUUUUCGGCUGGACCGUUGGCGUGCUGGGCUGUUGGAAGGCACAUGACCUCAUGCAGUAUGUUGCCGGACUGCUCUUCCUCAUGGGAGGGACGUGCUGCAUCAUCUCCCUCUGCACGUGUGUGGCGGGAAUCAACUUUGAACUGUCGCGUUACCCUCGCUACAUGUUUGGAAUACCAGAGGACAUCAGUCACGGCUACGGUUGGUCUAUGUUCUGCGCGUGGGGCGGACUGGGCCUGACUCUGCUGGCCGGGUUCCUGUGCACGCUCGCUCCCUCCCUCUACCCGCCGCACACGCCCGCGGCUCAGAAGCCGCGGCAGGAGAACGGCUGCGUGUGACGGGUCCACGCUGACACGAGGCAGACAAAGUGGCCAUUCGCGUCAAGGACAGUUUUGCAGGAAUUCUGCAGCGUGCGGGGUGGCACGGAGAAAGCACAAGAACACGAGGGGAGAGGUGGAUAUUUGACUGACGAUGACUCCGGUUCAUCUCAUGAUUGAACUGAUCAGUGUUAUUCCUUGCGCUCCAAGAGGACAGUACUGUAGCUCAGCACAUUUGUAAAGACGCACUCCCUACCAUCCGACAAAAGAAAGAGAAUAGCACAACCUUGAAACUGUAUCAAAUAUGAAAUCAUAUGGACGUGCACUGUCACAUUUGAAAGGGCAACUGUGUAUCAUUAUGUAUCAUUCAACACAAGUUAUGUACAUGUACCUUUUGAACCGUAUGUAUGCAGAUGCAUUUGUGUUUAUUCAAGGGAAAACUAUGGCACAUCAAUUCCAAGUUCCAAGCUGUGUCCGACUGAAGUGGUUUUGUUGUUCUUGAGGUCGUCUACCCCAUUGGAAUAUUUUUCAACAAUAAAAC